AUGGAGAAGUGGUUCUUCAUCAUCGUCUCCCUCUGUGUUGCGGCUCUUCUCAAGGCUCUUUAUGAUCUUGUCUUCCCAAAAAACAGGCUCCCUCCGGGACCCAUUACAGUUCCAUUCAUUGGAAACUUUCUAUGGCUUCGGAAAUCAUACUCAGAACUCGAAUCCGUUCUUCCAGAUCUACACGCUAAGUAUGGCCCCAUCAUCACCCUCCGAAUGGGCUCUCGCCCGACCAUCUUCAUCUCCACCAAAUCUCUUGUCCACCAAGCCCUAGUCCAGAACGGCGCGGUCUUCGCCGACCGCCCUCCCGCACCGCUCACCCACAGAGUUAUCAGUUGCAACCAGCAGAACAUCAGCGCCGGAGUCUAUGGCCCGAACUGGCGCCUCUUGCGCCGCAACCUUACCUACGAAAUCCUCAGUCCCUUGCGCCUCAAAUCGUAUUCUCGCGCACGCAAGUGGGUCUUGGACAUUCUCCUCUCUCGCCUUCAAAACCAUUCCGGACCCAUCCCUGUGUUUGAUCACUUCGGAUACGCCAUGUUUUGCUUACUGGUUCUUAUGUGCUUCGGGGACAAGCUUGGAGAGAAGCAGAUUCAAGAGAUUGAAGUGGUUGAGCGGAAAGUUUUGUUCAGCUAUGCUCGCUUCAAUUCGCUUAAUUUCUGGGGUAGAUUGGGGAAAAUUUUGUUCAAAAAGCGUUGGGAGGAGUUGCUACAGCUUCGCAAGGAUCAGGAGGCCGUACUGAUUCCCCUCAUCAGAGCCAGACAACAGCUAAAGCAAGAAAUGCAAGGAAAACAAGGGCAAUCAGAGGACUAUGUCUUGUCGUAUGCUGACACUUUGCUAGACCUGCAACUGCCGGAAGAGAACCGGAAGCUUACCUAUGGAGAGAUAGUUAGUUUGUGCUCGGAGUUUCUCAACGCUGCAACUCAUUCGACAAGCACUACAGUGCAGUGGAUUAUGGCGAAUCUGGUGAAAUACCCGCAUAUUCAAGCCAAGGUGUAUGAAGACAUUAGUGGGGUUGUGAAGGAUGGAGCGGAAAUGGUAAGGGAGGAAGAUUUGCAGAAGAUGCCAUACUUAAAGGCCGUGAUUUUGGAAGGUCUGAGGCGUCAUCCUCCAGGACACUUUGUGCUGCCUCAUUCAGUGACCCAAGAUACAGUCUUGGACGGUUACCUCAUACCCAAAAAUGCUACUGUGAAUUUCAGGGUUAUGGAGAUCAGUCUAGACCCAAAAAUAUGGGAAGAUCCAAAAGAGUUCAGGCCCGAGAGGUUCUUGAGCAGUAAUGGUGGGGGAGAGAGAGAAGAAGCAUUUGAUAUAACUGGGACUAGGGAGAUUAAGAUGAUGCCAUUUGGUGCAGGACGAAGGGUUUGCCCUGGGUAUAAUUUAGGGUUGCUGCAUUUGGAGUAUUAUGUGGCCAAUUUGGUAUGGAAAUUUGAAUGGAAGGCUGUGGAAGGAGAUGAUAUUGAUCUAUCAGAGAAGGAAGAGUUUGCAAUAAUGAUGAAGAGCCCAUUGCAGGCUCUCAUAUCUCCAAGGUUAAAAUAAGGAUUGUGAAGAAUCUGCACAUGAGAUCGAUGGGCACAAGGAGCAAGGUAACUGCAACAUAAGGGAUUUUAUGCAAUAGGAUGGUUAUCCUAGAAUUAUUCCUAAUUAUGUAUUUGUUGAUUUGAAUGCUUCUAUAAGUGAACGUGAAUUUUUGUAUUUCUAUGUUCUAA